AUGAGGCCUAAGCUAAUCAGCAUGGUUCAUGAUUUCCAUCGAAUGCAUACUUCAUUAGCUGUGAGUUAUGAUCAACUCAUCAAGUUCGAAAUUGGGAUAUCAUCUUUCGGUCCACUUUAUGCGGCUAAAAACCGACUGAGGAAGUCGGUGAGCUUGCAAGAAAAUGUGCUGCAUAGCUACUCCAAUGGCUGUAAGUUUGACGGGCCUGAAGUUGAUGAUCCGGAGGAACGAGAAGGAAAAGAGUCGAGUGAUUGCGAAUGGAAGAGGUUGAAGGAAGAUUUGGAGAGACUUGGAAAAGAAAAUAAGGUUCAAAGGGAGGAAUUGAUGCAGAAGGAUGAAGACAAGAGAGAUGUUAUUAGACAGCUGAGUUUGGCCAUGGAUUUGUUGAUGGAAGAGAAUUUGAUUUUGGAAAAGUGUAUCUAA